AUGUCGGCGGAUCUCUUCGCUGAGUUUGGGGCCGACCCUCCUCCCAGCCAGCAGCAACAGUCAGUAGCACCUGCGAAGCCCGGCCCGCCCGCGACAUCGGACUUUGGGUUCUUCAAUGACCUAACCAACAUCCCGGCCUCAGGCGGCUCAUCGCAGCAGCCACCGCCGACAAACCAUCUCCAGGGUCUUGUUUCUUCUUCGGUCCAAGGAAACGACACUGGUGACAACGAUGACUGGGGUGACUUUGAAGGCGGUUCUUCCUUCGAUCCAGCUCCCCUCAAAUCGCAAGAUCCAUUCGCAUUUGCUCCACCCCAAGCUUCACAGCCCCAGCCAAAUCUACGGAACAUUACCUCGAGCACCCAUGAUCCUUUUGCAUUUUCAUCACAACCAGCUUCGCAACCGCCAGGUCAGACAUGGCAACAAGCACCUGUUGUAAAAGCCAAGAAGUCUACAGAUCCGAGCGUACUAUUCGACGCAGAAGAUGAAUUCGACGAUGAAGACGACUUUGGUGAUUUUGAAGGUGAAGAAGAGGCAGCGAAAAAUACAGGAGCACCGGUCACAUCGUCCUCAGCACUUGCAGAUCUACUUGGAGAUAUGAGCGUAUCACAACCACAGCCUCCAAGUAGUAGCCAGCGAGAGGUAGGCAGUGAAAAAGUGUUACCAAAAGGCCAGGUAUCUGCAAAGAAGAAUAUCAAGGGUAGCUUUGGAACUGUACCCAAGGCAAAGCAGUCUGUGCCAAAGUCCGAACCGAUUUCACAACAAAAGGACGAUCAAGGGUGGGAUGAAUUCGACGACUGGGAGGCAUCCAUUCCAACACAGGCAGCACAGAAAGCACCCAGCAAAUCCAAAUCCAUCAAUACCGCUCCAAAACUUGGCUCAAGCAUUACGCCGCCACCAAUACUCUCCCCGACGACACCUGACCCGCAACCUGGCGAGCUGCCUCCUACCAAUGUGCCACCGCCUGGAGUUUUGUUGUCACUCUUUCCUUCGCUGUUCGCCGAAGCGCAAGAGAAACUUUUCAAACCCAUGGCAGCACAGCCUCUACCUAUGAGGAACAAAUUAAUGGCUGAGCCGGGCACGAUUGCUUACCUUCAGGGUUACCUGAUGUUGGCAAACGUAGCAGCGCACAUUAUUGCAGGUCGAAAACUGCGAUGGAAACGAGAUCAACACCUGUCUCAAGGCAUGCGGAUAGGGCCAGCGUCUUCGCGGGCAACUUCAGGGAUGAAACUAACGGGCAUCGACAAGGGGGAAAACAUGAAGGAAGAGAGAGAAGUGUCGGAUGUAGUGAGAAGCUGGAAAGAGCAAGUUGGGAGAUUGCGACAUGUUGUUUCUGGUGUCAAUCAAAUCAAAGCUGGCACUCUGGACCGCGGCCCAGAUCUGCAGGAAACCAUGCCAGUCAAGACACUGAAGCAGGCAGAAGGUGGCAUCCCUGCACGGCAGCCGUGUAUGUUGUGUGGGCUCAAAAGAGAGGAAAGAGUGACUGCAUCGGACCUGGCUACUGAUGACAGCUUUGGCGAGUGGUGGAUCGACCAAACCAACAUGCAUCGAGGCUGUAGGAACUUUUGGAACCAGCACAAAGAUACUCUUCGACAGCGAUGA